CUUCCUGUCAACCGAUGUUCUAAUCAUGGCAACUGCAACGACCCCGGUUGGCCAAGAUCAACCGAACAAAACAGCUUCUCCACCGGUCGUGUUUGAUUUGUCUCAGCCUCCGGUCAUAGAGGGAUUUACCCCGCUGCCCAGGGCGAGGGAAGAGAACUUUAAAGACAAAUUCAUCAGGAAAACGAAAGAAAAUCCGUUCGUUCCUAUAGGUUGUUUGGGAACAGCCGGAGCAUUGAUCUACGGCCUCGGCGCCUUCAGACGGGGCAAGACCCGACAGUCCCAGCUGCUAAUGAGAGCCCGUAUCUUCGCCCAAGGCUUCACGGUCGUUGCCAUUAUAGUGGGUGUGGCUGUGACAGCACUGAAACCCAAGCAGUGAAGAGAACACAGAGACCCUGUUUGACCACA